UUUUUUUUUUUUUUGCGUUACAUCACAAACGGCGAGCAUAAAUCGGACGAGCCAUGGCGACUCUCAGUUGGGAGCUGGACGACACGACGCGAGGAAGCAUCAUGCGGACACAGGGCGGCGCGGAGACACGCGGACGCAUCAACCAGGAGCCGAGCGCCGUGCGCGCGCCGUGUGACAAAGCCACGCGCUUACCACUGCACUGGCGCCUGGCGUGACCUUCAACUAGGCGACUUGUGGAUGCGCACUUCUCACGUGCACUACUGCGAAAUCGACUCAUCGUCGUGUGGAGCGGCCUGUUCAGGCGACCGAAAGUUUUCAAGCAGAACACUGUUUAAUAGUGGCGUUUUUUUUUUUAUUAAUUUAUUUUUUUGGCCGGAUCACUUUUUUUGGACGCUUUGCACGCGUGGACGUUUUCUUUCGAUUUCUUUCUCCCCCUCUCCUUCUCUCUUCUCCAGGAUUUAACACGUGAGAUUUCCUCGCGCGCCAGAUCACAUGGAUAACAUGGAUAACGUGCCUCACUUUCUGGUCAUGUGCGUGCUAUUUUUCGCGCUCGGCUUCCGGAUAGAUGGCGGCUCGUGUCAGCACCACACAUCAAUGCACUACCUCCUGCGUCCUAUCCCUAGUGACAGCUUACCUGUGAAGAAUGUGGUGGAAGACCCCGAUCCCACGCUCGACCCCAAAGAGCGCGAUCUGAAUGAGACGGAGCUGCACGGGAUGCUGGGAGCGCACUUCGACGCGCGCUUCAUGUCCAUCGUGUCGCCCGAGGAGAAGCGAGAGGACCAGGGUAUGGACUCUGAAGGGACCAGGCAGCAAUUUCUGCAGCGUCCCAUGCCCAAGGAAUUCCGCGCGUUGGACUUCGACACGGCGCACGACGCCAAGAAACAUAACAAGAAGCUGCGCAGGCGCCUCCAGCUGUGGCUCUGGUCGUACGCGUUUUGCCCGGUGGUGUACGCGUGGCAGGACUUGGGCAUCCGUUUCUGGCCGCGCUACAUCAAAGUGAGCAACUGCUUGACUAAGCGCUCGUGUUCAGUGCCCGAGGGCAUGAUGUGUAAACCUUCCAAGGCUGUGCGCUACACGCUGCUGCGCUGGCACUGCAAGUCCCGGAGCAUAACCAAGUGCAAAUGGAUCUACGUGCAGUACCCAGUCAUUUCCGAGUGCAAGUGCUCCUGUCCGAACUGAACCCGAACUCACCCCUGAGGGUUACCCUGUCUCCCACGCACUGCCCGAAGUGUACGAAUGUCUCUGCUAUGUAUAUGUGGUGUUAUUUUAACGUGUUUUUUGUUUUUGUUUAUACCUUGUAAAAGAGGUCAGUAUUUACUUAUAUCCAGCGUCUACUGUAUUUGUUGAGCAUACUCUGGGUUAAUGUAUUUAUGUGGAGAAAAUUUCGCGCUGCGAAAAAUUAAAGGAAGUUUUUACUGAAGGAAAUUUAAGCUUUUUUUUUUCCAUUAUUCGGAAAAAAUAUCUACGUUUUUUAUAGACCUCAGAUAACGUCUGGAUUACGGUGUAAUUGUUACAGCUUGAUUGUUACAGCUGUGAAUAUUAAAGUUGCAAUAGAUUAAUCAUAAAUCUGUAAAUUAAGAGAAACACCUAUUUAUUCUUUAUUUCCAUGUAGUCCAAAGUCAUUUGAAAUAAAACCACUUAAACUGCA